ACUCAUGAGCCAACCACUGAGAAAACAACGACCCAUAAGACAACAGUUGAACCUACGACCAAGAAGACAACAACUAAAAGGACGACACAUGAACCCACAACUAAGGGACCAACCACUUUAAGGACUACUGCAGAACCAAUCACUCGUAAAACAUCUACUACAAAGACUAGUACAGAGCCAACAAGUACGGAGAAAACAACUGAAAAGACAACUCAUGAGCCAACCACUGAGAAAACAACAGUUGAACCAACGACCAAGAAGACAGCCACUAAAAGGACGACACAUGAAACCACAACGAAGGGAUCAACAACUUUAAGGACUACUGCAGAACCAAUCACUCGUAAAACAUCUACUACAAAGACUAGUACAGAGCCAACAAGUACGGAGAAAACAACUGAAAAGACAACUCAUGAGCCAAUCACUGAGAAAACAACAGUUGAACCAACGACCAAGAAGACAGCAACUAAAAGGACGACACAUGAACCCACAACGAAGGGAUCAACAACUUUAAGGACUACUGCAGAACCAAUCACUAGUAAAACAUCUACUACAAAGACAAGUACAGAGCCAACAAGUACGGAGAAAACAACUGAAAAGACAACUUAUGAGCCAACCACUGAGAAAACAACGACCCAUAAGACAACAGUUGAACCAACGACCAAGAAGACAACAACUAAAAGGACGACACAUGAACCCACAACUAAGGGAUCAACCACUUUAAGGACUACUGCAGAGCCAACCACUCGUAAAACAUCUACUACAAAGACUAGUACAGAGCCAACAACUACAGAGGAAACAACUGAACAGACAACUCAUGAGCCAAACACUGAGAAAACAACGUCCCAUAAGACAACAGUUGAACCUACGACCAAGAAGACAACAACUAAAAGGACGACACAUGAACCCACAACUAAGGGAUCAACCACUUUAAGGACUACUGCAGAACCAAUCACUAGUAAAACAUCUACUACGAAGACUAGUACAGAGCCAACAAGUACGGAGAAAACAACUGAAAAGACAACUCAUGAGCCAACCACUGAGAAAACAACGACCCAUAAGACAACAGUUGAACCUACGACCAAGAAGACAACAACUAAAAGGACGACACAUGAACCCACAACUAAGGGACCAACCACUUUAAGGACUACUGCAGAACCAAUCACUCGUAAAACAUCUACUACAAAGACUAGUACAGAGCCAACAAGUACGGAGAAAACAACUGAAAAGACAACUCAUGAGCCAACCACUGAGAAAACAACAGUUGAACCAACGACCAAGAAGACAGCAACUAAAAGGACGACACAUGAACCACAACUAAGGGAUCAACAACUUUAA